AUGGCGAUAACAUAUUCAAGUGCGGUUGCGACUGCAUCAUACGGUGCAUUUUUUCGCCUUCUUUGUCGGUGGAAAGGAAGCAUUUAUAAACUGAUAUGGGUUGAUUUGCUUGUCUUCUCCAUAUUGUACUCCACCAUCGCUUUGGUUUACCACCUAUCCCCAAUAUCCUCACCAGGCUUGCUUGAAAUGCACAAAUAUAUCCGCAGUUUCCUAGAUUAUGUUAAAUCAAUGUCAAAUUCGUUGCCCAUCUCUUUCAUUCUGGGUUUUUUUGUCACCCUCGUUGUCAGUCGUUGGAUAGAUCAAUUCAACUACCUACCCACAUCAGAUGGUAUAAGUUUGUUAACCUGCGCAUACAUACAGAUUCCGGCACGCAAAAGUGAUCAAAGGAACCUGGCAGUCAUAGCCGAUGAAGUGGCAGUCAUUCGUGAGAGCAUUGCAAGAUACGUGAAUUUGGCAGCCGUCUUAUGCUUCCAAACCAUUGCACCAAAUGUGAGGAAAGUGUAUGAAAAUACGCAGAACUAUAUUACUAGUGGCCUUAUGACUGAAAAAGAGCACGAAUUCUUCGCACAAGUUGAUCCACGAUACCAUCCUUUUUAUGUGCCUCUCAUGUGGGCAAUCACUAUUGUUAAACGUGCCAAAGUCCAUGGCUACAUUGCCCAUGAAAGACAUAUGAAUGCACUUAUUGACGAGAUUUUGAAAUUCCGUCGUUCAUUAUUUACUCUUCUUAAUUACAACAGUGUGCCCAUACCUCUUGUCUAUACUCAGUAUAGAACUGAUGACACAUACUUUCCUCCCAAGGUGGUGAAUAUCGGUGUCUACGCGAUCUUUGUAAUCGCUCUCGUGGGCAGUCAAUUCCCUCGCCAACUACCCGAAGUACCGCAAUUUUCACUGAACUCCACUCAUGUCCUCCCUAACCCAUCCUCGGAACUGCCAAAGCCCAUCCUCUAUGUGCCUAUCUUUUCCCUCCUCGAGAUCACCUUUUACCUAGGUUGGCUCAAGGUCGCCCAGUCCCUCCUCAACCCAUUUGGCGAUGACGAUGAGGACUUUGACCUACUUCCCUUGAUGGAGCGCAAUUUGGCCAUCAGUCUGUGGAUGGUGGACCUACGUCACGGCAUGCCAGCACAGUCACCGCAUGCAAAACCGCAGGAUAACAGCCGUCUGCAAAGUCUCUCAUUCACUAAACCAACAGAUAGCCUUUUCUUCCGUCAAGUCGGCCCUUUUGCCUCGGAUGCCGAUCCGUUAAGUGAGUUGCUUGCCUCAGCUGCACAGCUAGACGUGCCGGGAACACUAACCCCUGCAGUGCAGGCGGAUAACCCCGAGGGAGGUCCUAAUCAGGGCUCUGCUGCUAUUGCAUUUGAACGUAAAGAAAGUCGACGAAUGAGCUUCAGCUUGGAUGAGCCACUGAGGAGGACAUCUUCAAGCAUGGCGAGAUUACAUUUGCAUUUGGUGUGUCGUGACCAUAUUGUGCGUGAAAUUACUUUUCACGAUAAUAAGGCGCCUUAUCCGGGAUCGGCCUGCACGACACCAAUGGCAGACUUCCCCUCACAAAUGCUUAACUUGAACUACAAAAAGUGCUGCUCCGCUGUGUCCGUCGAUGGGAAAGAAUGCAGUAAUGACGUGUAUAACUGA